ACGUCAGCUCUCGUCCGACCUUGAGAUCUUGUUUAAACCACGAAGCACCUGCCUUUCUCCUCCAUUCGCAAAUCGUCCACUUUUCCCCAUAUCGUCCUUGACACGUUGAUUAGCCAAUUAUAUAUUACGCGUUGAAGCUUUAUUUUACAGCCAUCGCAGCUCUUCUCACUCUCACAAACGCUUGGAAACAGCUCAUGGACAGUCAGUCUAGACUUGACUUGACCAUCACGCACGCAAGAUAAAACACGAUGGUGUCGAAACCGCAGUCCCCAGGUCCGAAUUCGACUUCGACUCCAACCCCAGCAGCAGCAGCAGCUGCUGCCCCCAAACAAUCCAACCCAAAAAAGCAAACCCCGUCGACGCAGUCACAACAACCCAUACGCACAAAACCAAGCACGGAGAAACCACAACCCGCGAAACCUCUGCCCCAGACUACUUCCUCAACACCCACACCCACACCCACAUCCACAGCCGACAAGCCCCGCCGAAAGCCCAGAAAACUCACAGUCCCGUCGACAGCAACGCCGCCAGCAGCAUCUACAUCCACACCCACGCCCACACCCUCCGCGGCAGCCACACCCGCCGCAGCCGACGACCUCGAAGCGCUAAAAUCGCGCGUCCGCGGCCUCGAAGCAAAAGUCGAAGAGCUGAUAAAACACGGCACCGCAGCGACAGGAGCAGGUGGUGUAUCGCGGUCCCCGCGCCGCAGAGGAAAACCGCGAAAAGCGUCUUCCACGGCAACGACACUGCCCACGCUCGCGAGCACGCGGCAGGAAAGCGAUGUCAGUGAGAAGAAAGACCACCAAGAAGAAGAAGCAGACGAGGAGCUACAACGCCUCGAAGGCGAACUCGCAGGCGCGCGCCGCGAAUUAGCUCUCUUCGACCCCCCCGCCGCCAGCAGAAGGGGAAAUAGACGCCGCCACCAUCCGCGCGGGGACGUCGCACCCGGGGACGACGACGCAGAAGAAGACGUAGAAGACAUCCCCCGCCCCUCCCCCAACCCCAGCACAGCCGAACAGAACAGAAGCGUCACCCUCUCGGGCAGCUACCGCAUCCCCCUCCCCUCCAGCGUCAGCAUGUCCGACGUCGCUACGAUUCAAAGCGGGGUUAGUGCUGCGCAGAGCGUGGCGAGGCGCGUGUUGGAGCAACGGCGUGCUGCUGCGGCGGGGGAGGGGCGAGGAAGAAGAGGCCGGGGAAUAAGACGAGACUUAGUGGGGAGCAGGUGCAGGGGCUUAUGAGUUAGCUGGCGUGUUAUCUUUGAGGAUAUGGUUUUCUGGGACGGUGGUGGUGUAUUUUACUUUGUUGUAGCAUGUAUGUAUUUAU